AUUUAGCGUAUAUAUGAAGUCACCCAGCUCUGGCAUUCUGGUCUGCUACAAAGUCAAUUCUAUAUUUUCCCUUCUUGUAGAGCUGAAGCUUGAAGCAAAGAAUCCAUUCUCGCGCUUGCUGUUCAAGCUUUCAAAUUAACCCUCUCGCAUGGCUAAUAGACAUACCAUCAUUCUGAUGCAGACCUCGCAAAGUAGAGCAUCUAGAACAUUUAUGGACUAUGAUUCAAUUAGUCAAGCUAUGGAUGGUAUAUGUGGGUUAUACGAAAGGAAGCUAAAGGAACUAAACCCAGCUAUCAGAAAUAUCACUUAUGACAUUGCAGAUCUCUACAAUUUUAUAGAUGGCCUUGCAGACAUGAGUGCUUUAGUUUAUGAUCACUCAGUUCGGGCAUAUCUGCCAUAUGAUAGACAGUGGAUAAAGCAGCGGACAUUUCAACACCUUAAGAAAUUGGCGCAGUAAUGAGAGACACUGUGAUCUCAGUACCUAAUGUCUACCAAAGUUUUAUGUAGAAUUAAAUCCACCUGGAAAGAAAUAUAUAUAUAUAUAUAUAUAUGAAUGAAGAUUUGGAUUGUCAUUUCAUUUGGGUUGGACUCUUGAUCUCAACUUGUUUAAUGUGGCAAAUGUACACUCUUUCCUUUAUGUACCUGUAUUAGCAAUAACAGUGGCAGUUCUCUGCAUAAAUUACAGAUGAGAAGUGAUUAUUUA